AUGCCUGCUAAAUCGGGUCGAGAUCGCCUGUAUAUCGCCGGUGGUCCCGGCGGCAGUUCCAUUGGCCCCAAAGUUCACGAAUACAUAGCUCAGUCGCUGAGACUUUCAUGGACAUGUGAAUUCUUGCAGCUAUCCUCCGUCGACGAGGUUAUGCGAUACUUUCGAGCGCCUGACUUUGCUGGUGGGAUCGUAACAAUGCCUCAUAAAAGAACCAUCAUUCCUCUGCUCGAUCACUGUGAUCACUUGGUAAAGAUACUGGGGGCAUGCAAUUUUGUGUAUCUUGCAGAAAAUGGGCAAUUGUGCGGCACCAAUACGGACUGGGUGGGCAUCUACGAUUCUAUCCUCGCACACAGUCCCAGCCAUGCUCCGGGUAUGACAGGCAUGGUGUACGGAGCGGGCGGCGCCAGUCGAGCGGCAAUCUACGCCUUGUGGGCGAAAUUGAAAUGCGACAAGAUCUAUGUGGUUAAUCGAGAGAGCCAGGAAGUUGCAGAGUUAUUCGAUGACAUAAAGCGACAAGCUGACUUGUAUCGCCCGGAGUUGGUUCAUGUGCGGAGCGUGGCAGAGUGCAAAGCCCUCCCUACGCCUUAUUUCAUUGUGUCUACUAUCCCAGACUUCGAGGCAGUCAGCCCAGAGGAACUACAAGCACGGGAUAUCUUGGUCGAAUUUCUAUCGCGUAGCUCGUCACCGAGAGGUAUCUUACUGGAUAUGUGCUAUCAUCCACCCAUGACAAGGAACUUAAGGCUCGCAAUCCAACACGGCUACAGGGUCAUACAAGGCUACACGGUCGUUGCUUCUCAGUUUCCAUGCCAAUGGAAAUUCUGGACAGGGGAGACCAUUGAGACGGGGAGGGUGUUUGAAAUGACGGAACGAUUAGUUCAGGAAGAGGAGGCGGCAGCAGUGGCCCGGACAGUUAUCAAAUAG